CCUUGAUACUUGAUAGAGAACGAAAGAGAAAACCAAAAACCAGUCCCUCUCGUCAACCCCUCCAGGCUUGCUUUUCAUUGUUUGGCCUGAAGAAAAUCGAAAUCGAUAGUGAUGGGAAAGUCACGUUCACCACCGCAAUCAAUGUCCAAAUCCGACCUUAAAUUCGAGAAGAAGCGCCAGUUCUAUGGCAAGGUUAGAGAGACUGUUGCUGUCUUGAGUGCCCAGAAGGCUAUUGGUAAGAAGAAGAAACUUCGAAGGGGCCAGAAGAAAUUGAAAACAUAUGAUCUCUCUUCCCUCUCAGAGUUCCUUCCUGAAUUGAAGGCUCCGCAGCAACCAACUCCUGAAGCUUUCAACCUGAAUUGUAAAUCUAGGCAAAAGUUAAUCUUGAAGGAAGGAAAACAGUUGAGUGCAGUUCUUAACCAUCCUGUUUUCCAGUCGGAUCCUCUGGCUGCCAUUUAUCAACACCUGCAGAGCACACAACCGGUUACAGAUGAGAAACCAAAGAAAAAGAAAAACAAAAAUGGAGGGAAGAAGAGAAAAGAGAAGAAGAAGACUAAGGUUUCAGAUGGGCCUCAAUCUAUGGUUAUGUGAUUUAAGAGAUAAGCUUUACCAUUCUCCUUCUUUGAGACGUAUUUGUUCGUAUCAAAUUUUGAAAGAUUCGAACGCUCACAUUUGGAAUGUAGAAUAUGCUCUUCUUGUUAACAAAUCCAACUGUGGUUAUUUCUUUUCCUUUCUAUAGAGAUACUAUUAAUCUGAACA